UUAACUUACAAAAUCCUUGAAACUAGAGAGAAAGAAAAAAGAAAACAAAUAUGGGUUCAAGUUCAAUGAACAAAGCUUGGAUGGUGGCAACAGGCGUUGGAGUGGUGGAAGCUCUGAAAGACCAGAUGGGAUUCUGCCGAUGGAAUUACGCAAUUAGAUCUGUUCAACAACAAGCCAAGAGUAAUCUCCGGUCCAUUUCUCAGGCCAAGAACAAGCUUCCUUCCCAGUCUACGGCUGUUAUGAUUAGAGAGAAAGCAGAGGAGGAGAUGGAGAGAAUGAAGCAAUCAGAAGAAUCUCUGAGAAAAGUUAUGUACUUGACCUGCUGGGGGCCCAACUGAUCAUUUCCAUUGAUCGAUCCUCCAUGGAUUUAUUAUACAUUUCACUCUUGU